CGCAGUGCAGCGUGGCUGCGCGAGUGGCGCUGCUGGAGGAGCAUCUCUCCGCGCUGGUGGGGUCGGAUUUGUUCGUCACGGGGAUCAUCAACCCGCUGAACGAGCAUCCCGCGCUCCCGCCCUCCCAUCUGGCCCGUCUCGCCGACGCCGCCAAGGCCCAGAUGGAGCAGGCCGUGGGCUCCUCGCUCGCGCAGCGCCUGCAGCAGCUCGAGGCGCAGGCGGAGCAGGCCGCGGCGCGCAGCAGCCAAUUGGAACGCGAGGUGCUGGACCUCACGCAGGCGCGCGCCCAACUCGCCGCCCAACUCCGAGCGCGGAAGGAAGCGCUGGAGCUGCGUGCGGGGCCUGGGGACGAAGAAGGGCGGCUGCAGCAGGCGCUGGAUCGAAAACGAGGCGAAGUGAAGCAACUCACGCGAGAGACGGCCCAGCUGCGAAAGGAGGUGCAGGAACUCCGGGGCCGGUCCGAGCAGCGCGGAGGCGAAAAUAUCGGAAGCGAAAAAUACAGAUUGAUGAAACGAGCUAUCCGAAAGGCUGCGGCGGAUCGGAUUACGCAGCAGUUAGACUCCCUGCUGGUGGAAGAGACGAAUGAGGAAGAGGAGGGACAAGAGGUGGGAGUUUCAGUGGAUGUGAAACCCGCGGUGCUGAUGCAGGCGGUGAACAUGACGGUAUUCGAUCCAUCAAAGAUUUUCCCGUCCACAAAGAAGGAGAAACAAGAAUUGGUCGACUACACGAAGAGAGUGUCUGGAUUAAUUCGCAUCCACCAGAAGAGAGGGUGGAAAAAGCCGAAUGCUUCAUCUCAGUUGGUUUCAAGUGUGAAAGUUCCAUCGGGUCUCUUACCAACCAUGGAGCCUCGGAUUCAGUUGCUAGUUUCAGGGAGUGAGUUAAAUCGCAUUCACAAUUUGUUACUAUGA